UAUUCUUACACGCUUAAGAUAAGUGUUUGUCUGACUGUCGUGUCAUUUUCAAUUGUCAUAUUGAGCUGCCAAGUUCACUUUGCCGGAUAAUUUAAAAUAAAAUAACAUCUACGACAAUACCCAAUAAUUAAUCCAAGUAUCGAUUAUUUCAGAAUACUUGAAUAGUCUAUAGCAUAAAAAUGUCUUCCGAUAAUAAUUCAAUACCCUAUUCAAAAAGUGGAGAUAAAGACCAAGAUGAGAAAUUAUUACAACCAUUCACUCACAUCCUCAAAGUUCCUGGCAAACAAAUAAGAGCUAAAUUAGCUCAUGCAAUGAAUUGCUGGUUAAAAAUUCCAUCGGAAAAAUUGCAAGCCGUUGGAGAUAUUGUACAAAUUCUCCACAACUCAAGUCUGCUUUUAGAUGACAUACAAGAUAACUCGAUAUUGCGUCGAGGUAUUCCAGUAGCUCACGCAAUAUUCGGCGUCCCAAGUACAAUAAAUGCCGCAAAUUACGCAAUCUUCAUAGCACUAGAGCGCGUGCUUGCUCUAGAGCACCCGGAGGCAACAAAAGUUUACACGGAACAACUAUUAGAGCUUCAUCGGGGACAAGGAAUUGAAAUUUACUGGCGCGAUAAUUAUAUUUGUCCAACUGAGGCUGAGUAUCGUCACAUGACUAUGAGAAAAACUGGAGGAUUAUUUAAUUUAGCGAUACGAUUAAUGCAAUUAUUUUCCGAUUGCAAAGAAGAUUUUUCGAUGCUCACUGGAAUAUUAGGACUCUAUUUUCAAAUAAGAGAUGAUUACUGUAAUUUGUCAAUGCGUGAGUACUCGGAUAACAAAAGUUUUUGUGAAGAUUUAUCAGAAGGUAAAUUUAGUUUUCCAAUUAUUCAUGCAAUUCAAACUUAUCCGGAAGACCCGCAAGUAUUGAACAUCUUGCGUAAGAGAACAACGGACAUUGAAGUUAAGAAGUACUGUGUGACUUUGCUAGAGAAGUUCGGCUCGUUCGCUUACACAAGAACAGUUCUAGAGGAUCUGGACAAAAAGGCUAGAGACGAAGUCGAGAGACUUGGUGGCAAUCCGCUGUUUAUUGAGUUUUUAGAUAAAUUAAGCUGCUGGCCUAAAAAUCCAAUGUCGAUUGAUGUCGAAAUGAACGAUCUCAGCGCUUCGGAUUGAAUUUACAGCCGAUUGUUGUGGCUAAUAAUGAAUACUUAUUAAUUAUUGUGGACUUAAGUAUGAUAGUUGAUAUUUAUUUAUUAUCAACAAGCAAAAUUUGAGACAAUACUAAAUAAUGUUUUUAAUACGCUUUUUUAACUCUUAUCUGAAGUCUUUUGAUAUUUUUUACUUUAUAAGUAAGAUCAUAUAUGAUCAUGUAGAAUUAUAUCUGUCUAUGAUCAUGUAUAUUCAUGUCUGAUCAUUUAUGAGUAUUUAAAUUCAGCUAUUCUGGAACAAACUAUUCAGAUAUAAUCAUAUAUUAGUUCGAACAUGAUUACAUCUAAAUGUAUAUGGUCAUAUCUGAUACUAUAUGUGCCAAUAUAUAAUCAGAUAGAGCCAGUUUUACAUCUGAUAUCAUAUAUAAGUACCCAUAUAUGAUCAGAUGAGGCAAUUGUUCAUAUCCGAUUAUAUAUGACUGUCUACAUAUGAUCAUAUAUGAUCGGAUACGGUUAUUGUUAAUCUGAUAUCGUAUACAAGUCCCCAUAUAUAAUCAGAUACGGCCAUUGUUUAUCUGAUAUCACAUAUAAGUGUUCACAUGCCAUAUAUGAUCAGAUACAGUCAUUGUUAGUCUGAUAUCAUAUAUAAGUGACCAUAUAUGAUCAGAUAGGACAACUAGCCGUAUGUGAUCAUAAAUGAGUGUCCACAUAUCGACAUAUAUGAUCAGAUACGGUCAUUAUUCGUCUGAUACCAUGUAUAAGUGUCUAAGUGUGACCAUAUAUGAUCAGAUAACGCAACCGUUUGUAUCCGAUUAUAUGUGAAUGUUUAUAAAUGAACAGAUAGAGCAGUUACUCAUCUGAUAUCAUAUAUAAGUGUCUAUAUAUGGUCAUAUAUGAUCAGAUAGUUACUGUUUGUCAUUAACCGUAUAAAAGUGCUCAUAUAUUGUCAUAUAUGAUCAGAUAAAGUCAUUGUUUGUAUCUGAUCAUAUAGAAGGAUCUAUAUAUGUUUAUAUAUAAUCAUAUAAGGCCAUUUUUGGUAUCUAAUCAGAUAAGCAUAUCCAUAUAUGAUCAUAUCUGAUCAUUCUCACGAAAAAAACGAAAUAAAUCAAUAAAAGAGUAUUCAUAUCUUUAAAUAAUUAACUAAUUACCAAUGAAAAAUUAAUUUUGAAUGAUAAAAGAUGCUCAAUUAAUUAUUAUUAAUAAUAAUAAAUCUAGACUUGAGUAUACAAUUUAGUAAUUAACCGGCAAAGGUGACUUUAAUUAGAUAAAUUAAUCACUUGGACGUAUAUAAUUAUAAAUUAUUAAAUAUACACAUUGUAUUUGAUGUUACUUGAGUAGUACUUCAAGGUAAUAACUUAAUUAAAUUAUUUUAGUCUUUAAAUAACAAUAGGUCCAAUUUAUCUGAUGGAAGAAUUUAAAUCUAAAAGUAGUCGUAAUUAAAUUACCAAAUGAAUUAAAAACUCGAGUCAUGUCUUAAUAUUAUUUCUUUAUUAACUACAUUUACAUUUAUAAUUAAUUAGU